UCAACUAUUGAAACAAAAGCUUAAGAAAAUUUAGAGAAAACAAACACGAAAUCUACAGAUAACUUUGGCUUAUACGACCUUUCGAAAGAAACCACCCAUUAACAAAUUUUGUUGAUAAACAGCGCAGUGCAGGAAAAAAAAAUGAUCGACCGAUUUUCAGUUCAACAAAAAAGUGGAAAUUGUGACUGAAUUUUCCUGUUUCUAUCGGUUCCGUCAUGACGACGUUCAACCUGACCAAGUUCCCGGACGUUUGCCGGGUAUGCCUGAAGCCGGAAUCGAAGGUGUUCAUGAUUCCGUUGGAGGCAUCUUUGACCAAUUCCGCAGCGCUCACCGUGGGCCAAUUUCUGGAUGAAUUCACCUUCCCGGUGCCGGACUCGAAAAACAUUCAGCUCCCGAAAUGCGUUUGUACCGGGUGUCUGGAGGAGCUGGAGCGGAUUUCUGGUUUCCGAUGCAAGCUGCUGUUGAGUCUAAAGUUUAUGGAAGCCUUGGUAGAUCUCAAAUCUUCUAAUACCGAGCCCAUGCAGCUGUUGUUUCAAGACCGGAAGCUGGAACUUGAUGGCCUGUUUCGGGAACUGGCUUUGUGCAAUCGCGAUGAGGUGACCCUCGAUGAUUUGCUGGAUGAAUUCAAUCAGUUCGAAUUUGCUUCCAGCGUUUUGGAGUUGGUUCCGAUCAAGGAAGAAGUAUUUUACGAAACGAAAAGUGAGGACGAUUCGGUUUCUAACACCAACGAGGACGCGCCAGAUGACUGCAACAAUGAUCCUGAUUAUGAUUCCGGCGAUGAUUCUGAUGAAGAUGUAAAACCUGAGGUCAUUUACGUAUCGGAACCGGCUAAACGGUUACGCAGAUCGCGCAAAGAUAGAAAAUACAGCUCAACUUCCGAAUCAAAAUCACCUCAAGGGAGAAAAGGAGAAAAGAAAGGACGCGGUCGUCCCAGAAUUCAUCCGGAGGGUUCGUUUCUCAAAGUGCCAUGGUCUUGCGAUAAGUGUAAAUUUAAAACCAAGUACCGCAUAGCUGUUGACCGGCACAAAGCGGUCCAUCAGAAGCGUGAGAAUCGAGUUUAUCCAUGCGUCGAAUGUGGAGAAACUUUUAAAACCUAUGAUGAAAUGAAAAGCCAUUCGUUGAUACACCCGGAAAAUCACGUCGUUUGUGAGGUCUGUGGAGUGGCGCUUAAGAACGCCUACUCGCUGAAAGCUCACAUGGAACGCCAUGAGGACAGCCGAAAAUACUCGUGCGAGUAUUGUGACUAUUCAGCGAACACGAAACUUUCACUCAAAUCUCACAUGAACAUUCAUACCCAGGACAACAAAACCAAACAUUGCGAAGUUUGUGGUGUAGCAUUUAGGACUACCAGUCGAUUGAAACGACACAUGGAGGGACACGAAAAUGAGCGAAAGUAUGCCUGUGAACAGUGUCCGGCACGUUUCAACACUACCAACGCGUUACGCAAUCACCACAUUCGGGUGCACAUGGCUAUACGGCAUCCCUGCGAACACUGCGACAAAACGUUCGAUCAGAAAAUUGCCCUACGGGAUCAUGUUGAACGAGUUCAUCACAUACAGACCAACUUUGUGUGCGAAAUCUGUGUCGUUACCUUCGACAGUCAGGAAAAACUGGACGUACAUCACCAGCGCCAUUCUAACCCAAAACCUCUGGAGUGCAGUAUUUGUCUCACCCUGCACAAAACACAACCGGAACUUGACGGGCAUUUGUGCAUAUCGUACCGAGCUGAUUACCUCUGCUGCGGUAAGGAUCUCCGGAAUCAUGUGCAAUACAACCGGCACAUGGCGACCAAGCACGGGCUUAAGACGAACGAUCGGGUCAAACCUAUUCCGGGGGUGUUGCUGGGGCAGAUGCGAGGGGCCCGGAAGCGACUGGAGCAGUGUCGCAAGUGCGAUAUUGCGUUUCCAUCGCGAGCGCUCAAGUUGCAACACUUGGCCGUCUGCAAUGGGGGAGGAAGUGGUAAUAGUGGGGGAAGUAGUCAACCGCAAAAUUCGGGCGAUCCUUCGAUUAUGAUCGGCGGAAUGUCGGGUGAAAUGAAGAUAGAUCCAGGAAUGUCUAGCUAUUAGGAUAGGAACAAUGAACCGUACUACAGCUGGACUUUCAGACUGAUACAAACUUUUCAAUGUCAUUUCGUUUUUCACAGACUUUUCACGAUAGGGGCAGCUUUGGAAUGCUUUUAAGGCUGUUAACCUUUCUAUAAGACCCUCAUCAUUAUUGGACCGUUUUCGUUUUUCGUUCAGUUUUGCAUCGAUGCACUACCGGUAGUGCAGUUUAUGCUGUCUUCGUGCUCGUUUUCACGAUGAAUGGUCCACUGGUAGGGCACCAUAAUGGCGACGGUGGCACACUCUGAAAAUAUUCAGUGUUACUUGCCCUCACUAAUACUAUCGUGAAUUUUGAAAGGUCGUGCUUUCCAAUGCCAACAAAUUGUAUGGAAGUGAAAACAAAUAUCAGCUGGUGAUGGAUUUCUACGAUUUCCACAGCUUGGUGUUUACAUUUGGCACUAUCGAUAUCACGCACACCAACCAUAAGUGAGGGCAAACUAGAUUUAUGCCCGUUUUUGCCCAAGUGUGAAAACGAAUACGGUAUAAGUAUCACUUUGAUAUUUUCUUAAUACUUACUACCAGAAAUGGACCUUCGUCUCAUCUCGUAGAGCUUGAUUCACAAGUUGAACAUACCAUAUUUGAAGCUUUCCGAAUAUGCUAACCUAACAUGGAACUACUCAACCCAAUGAAAAGGCUCCGAAAGUUAUUUAUCCGAAAUAGCCAUGAUUAUUGUAACACUAAUUUCCUAAUCAAGGUCUGCAACACAAGUUAAUCU